AGUGUCAACAGAUGGCAGCAUCGAUGUGACAAGAUGGCUGAAGGUUAAAGCUAGAGCUAUCGGAGUUUUAUUCUCUGUUGUUAUUUGAAACUGCUUUUAUAUAUUAUUGUACAGUAUAAGAAAAUGUCAACGCGAUGGUAUCCGUUGUACCAAAGAGGCAAUCCGCAAUUAAGAGUAUUUUUACCAAACUUCUGGAUGAAGUUAAUUGCGCCUGGAAGUAAGCAGCUUCCGAAUGUGGUGCAAUUCCAUUGCUCGAUGGAAAUGACUAAGUACGACAUAAAGAAUUAUCUGGAAAAGAUUUACAAUAUUGAUAUUGUUGAAGUGAGAACGAGAAUAGCAAUGGGAAGGAUGAAGAAGGAUCGGCUGCAGGGCGCCAUUAUUAAAGAUGAUGACAGGAAAAUAGCCUAUGUUGUACUGCCAAAAGAACAAUCCUUUGUAUUUCCUGAUCUAUUCAAGAAUAAAAAAAAUGAACUUGAUGAAAAAACUGUGAAUGAAUCGAAACAGGACUUGCAAGAUUUUGUGAAAGUUAAUAAAGCACCUGGAUUGCCUGGUUGGUUUAGAAUUUAGUGUAUGUAUAUAUAUAUAUAUAUAUAUAUAAAUAUAUAUAAAUAUAUUGUAAUAUUUAAGGAUUUAUAACCAAUAAAUUGUAUUUAUUAAUAUUCCUUAAUAACUAAUAACUCUUAAUUAUUAUAAUCUUUAAAUUAAUGAUGAUAGAUACAAUUUUUGCUUUUUGUUUGUAGAAUCUUGUUAGUGUCAAUAAUUCUCAGUUAUUUUUAAUUUACUAUUAAUGAUAUGUUAGGUAAUAUAAUUUAUUGUUAUAUCUUUCAAAUUUCAAUCUUCAAUGUUUGAUACAGGUUUUAUUCAAAUCUGAUUUAAAUUUCACGGAUUCGAUUAGACGAAUAAUCCAAUAAUUUUAAUUGUUUAUUAUUAAAUAAUAUAAAUAUAUUACAUCUAAUAAUUUAAUACUGUUGCGAUUAAUAUUGCUGACAAUUUAUUUGAAAAUUUAUUUGAAAAAUUUGUGAAAGCCUCUACAUAGGUAUUUAUUAGAAUCGAUAAGCGACCCUAUCGAUCAAACAAUGCCACUCGCAAUUUUCGAAAAUGGCAUUGAACACAACCGCGGAAAGCAAACGGGCUGCGAGCUCGAAUGCUUGCGCUGUUUACGGCAGGUAAAUGACAGUUGAUAAUAAUUUAAUCGUUUAAUUACGUUGCUCGAAACGAUUAAAGGAUGAGAUUUGAUGAUAUUCGCCGAUUCGGAGAUUUCUUUCGCUAAUUUCUAAGCUCAAUCUUUGACACAAGCGCAUCUGUGGAAUUCAUCUUCCCUUACCUUAUUCGGACAAAUAAUGAAUAUUAUAAUGGUAAUGAGUUUAUUCUAAUUUUUCCCAAACAUAAUUUAUUUUACUUUUUAUAUUUUAUAUCUGUUCUCCAUAUUUAUUAUUUAUAAUCUUUCUACUAUUUUAUCUUAUUAUCUUAUAAUCUCCAUUAUUCUUGCAAACGUGGGUUUAAAAAGUUUAUAAAAUUUUAUUUUUAAUUUAUGUAAGCAUUAUUAUAUUGUAUUCUAGAGAUUAAGGAACUAAUCUAUUCUCAUGUUAUAAAAAAUUGAUGAUUUUUAGGAAUUUGUUUUUGAAGAAUAUUAGAAAUUCAUUUUUUUGAAA